UUUUCAAACCUUUCAAUUUUCCACAUGAAACUUUCCCAUUUGAUCAUCGUGUGAACAUAUCAAGCCGCCUUCUUUGUUCUUCUUAUUCCAUUCAAACCCCAUAAGUACCCCCCAACUUUUGUAUCUAUACGAUCACCAUCUUCUUCUAAACCACUUUAAUCCAAGUGGGUACUUCUUCUUUCCUAUAAAAAUCCAAUCUUUUAGCGACCCAUCAAUCAAGAUGACGUGGAUAUACUCACUGUUUAGUGGGCCAUCAGGGUUUUCUGCAAAUUCAAGAGCCGAAGAUGUUACAAAUGGGAUUGAUGGAACUGGCCUUACUGCCAUUGUUACUGGGGCUAGUAGUGGUAUUGGCUUGGAAACAGCCAGUGUACUUGCCAUGCGCGGGGUACAUGUGAUCAUGGCAGUCAGAAAUCUCGAAGUUGGUCAAAAAGUCAAGGCAGGCAUUUGUGCGAAAACCCCGAACGCCAAACUUGAUGUGAUGGAGUUGGAUCUGAGCUCACAGGCGUCUGUACGAAAAUUUGCGGCUGACUACAUCGCAAAGGACCUUCCUUUAAACAUCCUAAUUCUCAAUGCAGGGAUCAUGUCUCCUCCGUUCACGCUUUCGCAAGACAACAUUGAACUGCAGUUUGCAACCAACCAUAUCGGUCACUUCCUUUUGACAAACUUGUUGUUGGAUACCAUGAAAAAGACUUCAACUAAAAGCCAAAAGGAGGGAAGGAUAGUUGUUGUGUCGUCCGAUCUUCAUAAGAUGUCGUACCCUGAAGGAAUUAGGUUUGACAAGAUCAAUGAUGAAAAGAGCUAUAGCGCAUUCUAUGCUUAUGGGCAGUCAAAGCUUGCUAAUGCAUUGCAUGCUAAGGAAUUAGCAAGGCGCCUCCAGGAAGAACGCGCAAAUGUGACUGUGAAUUCACUACACCCUGGAGUGAUAAAAACCAAUCUUACCCGUAACCAAGGAAUUGUGGUCUCGUUCUUUAGCCGGCUGGCUUUAAGUUUCUUGAAGAAUAUUCCUCAAGGAGCUGCAACUUCAUGCUAUGUGGCAUUGCAUCCGCAAGUGAAGGGUGUUAGUGGCGAGUAUUUUGCCGAUAGUAACAUAUCAAAAGCUGGCAAGUUUGUCGAUGAUCCGGAAAUGGCCAAGAAGUUGUGGGAGUUCAGUUUGAACUUGACUCAGUUGAAGUAACCGGUUCUCACCGGACCAUAUUUUGGUUUCACCAAGUCGUUUUGUGGUCGUUAUACUGUUUGUUGAUGGUGUGCGUGUGUUAUACCGCUGUUUCUCAACGUCUUUAACGCUUAUACUGAAUGAAAGUUGAACGACGAGUUUUGUGCUAUGUAUAUAUGUGUUACUAUUGAGGAAAGCAUGCCAUAUAUUAUGAA